AUGUGGGGACUUCGCUCAUCGACAUUUGCAACCAUUUUUCUCCUACUCUCAGUUGCCGUGACCUUUUCAGUAAGCCAUGUUUCAGCUUCCAAAAAAUUUCAAAAUGAGACUGAUCGCCUGGCUCUGCUUGAAUUCAAGAAUCAGAUAUAUGAUGACCCGUUUGGAGUCCUGAAUUCCUGGAACCAUUCACAACACCAUUGUCAGUGGGAAGGAGUCACCUGCAGUACUCGACAUCAAAGGGUGACGGCCUUGACUCUAAGGGAUAAGCAGUUGUCUGGAACCAUAUCUCCUCAUGUCGGAAAUCUCAGCUUCAUGAGGUUCAUGGAACUUGGGGAGAAUCAAUUCCAUGGUGGGAUUCCCCAAGAAUUCGGUCCCCUCUUCAGGCUGAGAGCCUUGAACCUGUCAAGUAACGCAAUCAGUGGAAAAAUCCCAGCAAACCUGAGCUACUGCUCAGAGUUGAUAACACUUAGCCUAAGGGAGAAUAAGCUAGAAGGCAAGAUUCCUAUUGAUCAGCUGAGCAAUUUGAAGAAGCUUGAAAAGUUAAAUCUUUUAUCAAACAAUUUGACGGGACAGAUUCCCUCUUCCAUUGGGAACUUAUCAUCAUUGAUCCGAAUCGGUCUCGACUUGAACAAUCUGGAGGGAAAUUUGCCCAUGGAGAUGGGGCUCUUAAGGUUGGUUCUGUUAGCAGCUGCUGAAAAUAAACUAUCUGGUAUAAUCCCUGCCUCCAUCUUUAAUAGUUCAGCCAUUACUGUCAUUUCAGUGACCGGCAAUUCCUUUCAUGGCAAUCUCCCAACCAACAUAGGUCUCACCCUACCAAAUCUACAAAUGUUGUAUGUUGGGGGGAACAACAUGUACGGAAACUUUCCAUCUUCAAUCACUAAUGCUUCUGGGCUUGAGGUACUCGAUCUUGCUAGAAAUAAUUUUAAAGGCCAAAUCCCAACUAAUUUAGGAGAUCUUACAAAUCUUCAAUUAUUAAAUCUUGCUCUUAAUUUCUUUGGGAAUAAUUCUACCGGAGACUUGGACUUUAUUGCAUCAGUGACCAACUGCAGUAAUCUCAGAAAUCUUUCCUUGAGUGGCAAUAAAUUUGGAGGUAAUAUACGUAGAGUCAUGGCCAAUCUCUCAAAUCAACUCACAGAACUACUCCUGGGGGGAAAUCAACUGUCAGGAACCAUUCCAGAAGGGUUUGGAAAUUUUGUCAACCUAUAUCUCCUUGGCCUUGAAUUAAACUCUCUUUCAGGGGUCAUUCCAAGAGAUUUUGACAAAUUACAAAAUUUGCAAUUUCUAAGUCUAGACCAAAAUGAGUUGUCAGGACAGAUAGUCUCUACCCUAUGCAAUGCCACAGGUCUAUACCGUCUGGACUUAUCAUUUAACCAGUUUGAAGGGGGCAAUAUAUUUGACAAUGUUCUUAUGAACUGUCAAAAUUUGCAAUAUCUGGAUAUGUCUCAAAACAACUUCACUGGAAUUAUAUCACCUCAUUUUUUGCAGACGCACUCAUCACUGAUGUACAUGAAAAUAGGUGAAAAUUCGUUUAGUGGUUCUCUGCCUCCAGAAGUUGGAAAGCUUAUACAUUUGGUGGAUUUCAAUGUUUCCCACAACCAACUUGCUGGAGGUAUACCCAUAUCACUUGCUGACUGUUCAAAUCUGCAGAAUCUUUAUAUGCAAUCCAAGUUUUUCCAAGGAACAAUUCCACCAAAUUUGGCUUCUUUGAAGAGCAUCCAGCAAGUAGACCUUUCAAGUAAUAACUUGACUGGUCCAAUACCCAGAGAACUUGAGAAGCUUCAGUUUUUGAGCUACUUAAAUCUUUCCUACAACGACAUUGAGGGCGAGAUACCAAACACUGGAAUUUUCAGUAAUGCAAGUCAAAUAUCAUUGACUGGCAACAACAAACUCUGUGGAGGCAUUCCAGAAUUGGAGUUCCCACCUUGCCCAGUGAUUAAGGGGAAAAACAGAGGAAAGCUGAAGGUUGUCAUAUUGCUGUCCAUUGUUUUACCAGCAACGCUUCUGGUUCUCGGUGCAUUGUUGUUGUAUUUCUUCGUUUGUCAAAAAGGAGAAAGAAGAAUGGUGGCAGGAUUCUCUACCAUGGCUACAAGAGUUGAUAAGCUCUUACAAAUUUCUUACCAUGAACUUCUUCGUGCAACUUCUGGAUUUUCUCCAGAAAACUUAAUUGGUUCAGGAAAUUUUGGAUCUGUCUACGAAGGAAGGCUAGAAAAACAUGGCAAUAUGCUUGUAGCAGUCAAAGUUCUUGAUCUUCAAAAGAACGGAGCUUCGAAAAGUUUUAAGGCCGAGUGCAAAGCAUUGAGAAAUAUUCGCCAUGGAAACCUCGUUUCUAUCGUGAGUUAUUGCUCCAGUAUUGAUUCCAAGGGUGAUGAAUUCAAAGCUCUAGUCUAUGAGUUGAUGGAAAAUGGAAAUCUGGACCUGUGGCUGCAUCCUUCAGAGACAACUGAUCAGGCAACAAGCUCAAGAAGUCUUAAUCUUCUUCAGAAGCUAAAUAUUGCAAUUGAUGUGGCUUCUGCAUUGCAGUGUCUUCAGAACCACUGCGAAGCUGAGAUUGUUCACUGUGAUCUAAAACCAAGUAACAUUCUUCUUGACAAUGAUCUUGUUGCUCAUGUGGGUGAUUUUGGAUUGGCAAGGCUUCUCCCGAAACCCGUCAACAGAUCUUCCGAGCAAGAAGGCAGCAGUACUAUUGCUAUAAAAGGAACAAUCGGCUACGCAGCCCCAGAGUAUGGAAUGGGUCUUGCGGCAUCCACUCAGGGGGAUGUCUACAGCUACGGCAUUCUUUUGCUAGAGAUGAUUACAGGAAGGAGGCCAACAGAUGAUAUAUUCGUGGGCGACCUUGAUCUACAUAACUAUGUUAAUGGGGCUUUGCAUGAACGAGUUCCUGAGAUCGUGGACCCGUUGCUUCUUCUUGAAGGAGUGACUCCUGGAGGGAAAACUAUUAAUGUUGGAAGAGAGAUUGAUUGCAUUAUUUCCCUAUUGAAAAUUGGACUCAAGUGCUCUGCACGAUUACCAAAUGACAGGAUGCAUAUGAAUGAAGUUGUCAGAAAAUUACAUCUCAUUAAAGAUGUUUUCCUUGGUGUCAGGGUGUAUCAAGAAAAUUUUGAAGCUUAA